AUGCAGACGACGCUUCCUGUUUGGGAUUCUUCUUCAUCUCUGGACGGACACACACCUCCCACUGCAGCAGAACCUUCAGGACGGACACACACCUCCCACUGCAGCAGAACCUUCAGGACGGACACACACCUCCCACUGCAGCAGAACCUUCAGACACACACCUCCCACUGCAGCAGAACCUUCAGGACGGACACACACCUCCCACUGCAGCAGAACCUUCAGGACGGACACACACCUCCCACUGCAGCAGAACCUUCAGGACGAACACACACCUCCCACUGCAGCAGAACCUUCAGACACACACCUCCCACUGCAGCAGAACCUUCAGGACGGACACACACCUCCCACUGCAGCAGAACCUUCAGGACGGACACACACCUCCCACUGCAGCAGAACCUUCGGGACGGACACACACCUCCCACUGCAGCAGAACCUUCAGGACGGACACACACCUCCCACUGCAGCAGAACCUUCAGGACGGACACACACCUCCCACUGCAGCAGAACCUUCAGGACGGACACACACCUCCCACUGCAGCAGAACCUUCAGGACGGACACACACCUCCCACUGCAGCAGAACCUUCGGGACGGACACACACCUCCCACUGCAGCAGAACCUUCAGGAGGGACACACACCUCCCACUGCAGCAGAACCUUCAGGACGGACACACACCUCCCACUGCAGCAGAACCUUCGGGACGGACACACACCUCCCACUGCAGCAGAACCUUCAGGACGGACACACACCUCCCACUGCAGCAGAACCUUCAGGACGGACACACACCUCCCACUGCAGCAGAACCUUCAGGACGGACACACACCUCCCACUGCAGCAGAACCUUCGGGACGGACACACACCUCCCACUGCAGCAGAACCUUCGGGACGGACACACACCUCCCACUGCAGCAGAACCUUCAGGACGGACACACACCUCCCACUGCAGCAGAACCUUCGGGACGGACACACACCUCCCACUGCAGCAGAACCUUCAGGACGGACACACACCUCCCACUGCAGCAGAACCUUCGGGACGGACACACACCUCCCACUGCAGCAGAACCUUCGGGACGGACACACACCUCCCACUGCAGCAGAACCUUCGGGACGGACACACACCUCCCACUGCAGCAGAACCUUCGGGACGGACACACACCUCCCACUGCAGCAGAACCUUCAGGACGGACACACACCUCCCACUGCAGCAGAACCUUCGGGACGGACACACACCUCCCACUGCAGCAGAACCUUCGGGACGGACACACACCUCCCACUGCAGCAGAACCUUCAGGACGGACACACACCUCCCACUGCAGCAGAACCUUCAGGACGGACACACACCUCCCACUGCAGCAGAACCUUCGGGACGGACACACACCUCCCACUGCAGCAGAACCUUCGGGACGGACACACACCUCCCACUGCAGCAGAACCUUCAGGACGGACACACACCUCCCACUGCAGCAGAACCUUCAGGACGGACACACACCUCCCACUGCAGCAGAACCUUCAGGACGGACACACACCUCCCACUGCAGCAGAACCUUCGGGACGGACACACACCUCCCACUGCAGCAGAACCUUCGGGACGGACACACACCUCCCACUGCAGCAGAACCUUCGGGACGGACACACACCUCCCACUGCAGCAGAACCUUCGGGACGGACACACACCUCCCACUGCAGCAGAACCUUCAGGACGGACACACACCUCCCACUGCAGCAGAACCUUCGGGACGGACACACACCUCCCACUGCAGCAGAACCUUCGGGACGGACACACACCUCCCACUGCAGCAGAACCUUCGGGACGGACACACACCUCCCACUGCAGCAGAACCUUCAGGACGGACACACACCUCCCACUGCAGCAGAACCUUCAGGACGGACACACACCUCCCACUGCAGCAGAACCUUCAGGACGGACACACACCUCCCACUGCAGCAGAACCUUCAGGACGGACACACACCUCCCACUGCAGCAGAACCUUCAGGACGGACACACACCUCUCUGAUGCAUUUUGUGUGUUACCUGAUGAUGAGCGGGACCAGAACAGGCUGCGAGGACCAGAACAGGCUGCGAGGACCAGAACAGGCUGCGAGGACCAGAACAGGCUGCGAGGACCAGAACAGGCGUGCAAGGACCAGAACAGACUGGGAGGACCAGAACAGGCUGCGAGGACCAGAACAGGCGUGCGAGGACCAGAACAGGCGUGCGAGGACCAGAACAGGCUGGGAGGACCAGAACAGGCUGCGAGGACCAGAACAGGCGUGUGAGGACCAGAACAGGCUGCGAGGACCAGAACAGGCUGCGAGGACCAGAACAGGCUGCGAGGACCAGAACAGGCGUGCGAGGACCAGAACAGGCUGCGAGGACAAGAACAGGCUGCGAGGACCAGAACAGGCUGCGAGGACCAGAACAGGCGUGCAAGGACCAGAACAGGCUGGGAGGACCAGAACAGGCGUGCAAGGACCAGAACAGGCUGCGAGGACCAGAACAGGCGUGCAAGGACCAGAACAGGCUGGGAGGACCAGAACAGGCGUGCAAGGACCAGAACAGGCUGCGAGGACCAGAACAGGCUGCGAGGACCAGAACAGGCGUGCAAGGACCAGAACAGGCUGGGAGGACCAGAACAGGCUGCGAGGAUCAGAACAGGCGUGCGAGGACCAGAACAGGCUGCGACGACCAGAACAGGCGUGCAAGGACCAGAACAGGCUGGGAGGACCAGAACAGGCUGCGAGGACCAGAACAGGCGUGCAAGGACCAGAAAAGGCUGGGAGGACCAGAACAGGCUGCGAGGACCAGAACAGGCGUGCGAGGACCAGAACAGGCGUGCGAGGACCAGAACAGGCUGCGAGGACCAGAACAGGCUGCGAUGACCAGAACAGGCGUGCUGCGAGGACCAGAACAGGCUGCGAGGACCAGAACAGGCGUGCGAGGACCAGAACAGGCUGCGAGGACAAGAACAGGCUGCGAGGACCAGAACAGGCUGCGAGGACCAGAACAGGCGUGCAAGGACCAGAACAGGCUGGGAGGACCAGAACAGGCGUGCAAGGACCAGAACAGGCUGCGAGGACCAGAACAGGCGUGCAAGGACCAGAACAGGCUGGGAGGACCAGAACAGGCGUGCAAGGACCAGAACAGGCUGCGAGGACCAGAACAGGCUGCGAGGACCAGAACAGGCGUGCAAGGACCAGAACAGGCUGGGAGGACCAGAACAGGCUGCGAGGAUCAGAACAGGCGUGCGAGGACCAGAACAGGCUGCGACGACCAGAACAGGCGUGCAAGGACCAGAACAGGCUGGGAGGACCAGAACAGGCUGCGAGGACCAGAACAGGCGUGCAAGGACCAGAAAAGGCUGGGAGGACCAGAACAGGCUGCGAGGACCAGAACAGGCGUGCGAGGACCAGAACAGGCGUGCGAGGACCAGAACAGGCUGCGAGGACCAGAACAGGCUGCGAUGACCAGAACAGGCGUGUGAGGACCAGAACAGGCUGCGAGGACCAGAACAGGCUGCGAGGACCAGAACAGGCUGCGAGGACCAGAACAGGCGUGCAAGGACCAGAACAGGCUGGGAGGACCAGAACAGGCGUGCAAGCACCAGAACAGGCUGCGAGGACCAGAACAGGCGUGCAAGGACCAGAACAGGCUGGGAGGACCAGAACAGGCGUGCAAGGACCAGAACAGGCUGCGAGGACCAGAACAGGCUGCGAGGACCAGAAAAGGCGUGCAAGGACCAGAACAGGCUGGGAGGACCAGAACAGGCUGCGAGGAUCAGAACAGGCGUGCGAGGACCAGAACAGGCUGCGAGGACCAGAACAGGCGUGCAAGGACCAGAACAGGCUGGGAGGACCAGAACAGGCUGCGAGGACCAGAACAGGCGUGCAAGGACCAGAAAAGGCUGGGAGGACCAGAACAGGCUGCGAGGACCAGAACAGGCGUGCGAGGACCAGAACAGGCGUGCGAGGACCAGAACAGGCUGCGAGGACCAGAACAGGCGUGCGAGGACCAGAACAGGCUGCGAGGACCAGAACAGGCGUGCGAGGACCAGAACAGGCUGCGAGGACCAGAACAGGCGUGCGAGGACCAGAACAGGCUGCGAGGACCAGAACAGGCUGCGAGGACCAGAACAGGCGUGCAAGGACCAGAACAGGCUGGGAGGACCAGAACAGGCUGCGAGGAUCAGAACAGGCGUGCGAGGACCAGAACAGGCUGCGACGACCAGAACAGGCGUGCAAGGACCAGAACAGGCUGGGAGGACCAGAACAGGCUGCGAGGACCAGAACAGGCGUGCAAGGACCAGAAAAGGCUGGGAGGACCAGAACAGGCUGCGAGGACCAGAACAGGCGUGCGAGGACCAGAACAGGCGUGCGAGGACCAGAACAGGCUGCGAGGACCAGAACAGGCUGCGAUGACCAGAACAGGCGUGUGAGGACCAGAACAGGCUGCGAGGACCAGAACAGGCUGCGAGGACCAGAACAGGCUGCGAGGACCAGAACAGGCGUGCAAGGACCAGAACAGGCUGGGAGGACCAGAACAGGCGUGCAAGCACCAGAACAGGCUGCGAGGACCAGAACAGGCGUGCAAGGACCAGAACAGGCUGGGAGGACCAGAACAGGCGUGCAAGGACCAGAACAGGCUGCGAGGACCAGAACAGGCUGCGAGGACCAGAAAAGGCGUGCAAGGACCAGAACAGGCUGGGAGGACCAGAACAGGCUGCGAGGAUCAGAACAGGCGUGCGAGGACCAGAACAGGCUGCGAGGACCAGAACAGGCGUGCAAGGACCAGAACAGGCUGGGAGGACCAGAACAGGCUGCGAGGACCAGAACAGGCGUGCAAGGACCAGAAAAGGCUGGGAGGACCAGAACAGGCUGCGAGGACCAGAACAGGCGUGCGAGGACCAGAACAGGCGUGCGAGGACCAGAACAGGCUGCGAGGACCAGAACAGGCGUGCGAGGACCAGAACAGGCUGCGAGGACCAGAACAGGCGUGCGAGGACCAGAACAGGCUGCGAGGACCAGAACAGGCGUGCGAGGACCAGAACAGGCUGCGAGGACCAGAACAGGCGUGCAAGGACCAGAACAGGCUGCAAGGACCAGAACAGGCUGGGAGGACCAGAACAGGCUGCGAGGACAAGAACAGGCUGCGAGGACCAGAACAGGCUGCGAGGACCAGAACAGGCGUGCAAGGACCAGAACAGGCUGGGAGGACCAGAACAGGCGUGCAAGGACCAGAACAGGCUGCGAGGACCAGAACAGGCGUGCAAGAACCAGAACAGGCUGGGAGGACCAGAACAGGCGUGCGAGGACCAGAACAGGCUGCGAGGACCAGAACAGGCGUGCAAGGACCAGAACAGGCUGGGAGGACCAGAACAGGCUGCGAGGACCAGAACAGGCGUGCAAGGACCAGAAAAGGCUGGGAGGACCAGAACAGGCUGCGAGGACCAGAACAGGCGUGCGAGGACCAGAACAGGCGUGCGAGGACCAGAACAGGCUGCGAGGACCAGAACAGGCGUGCGAGGACCAGAACAGGCUGCGAGGACCAGAACAGGCGUGCGAGGACCAGAACCAUCUGCGAGGACCAGAACAGGCGUGCGAGGACCAGAACAGGCUGCGAGGACCAGAACAGGCGUGCAAGGACCAGAACAGGCUGCAAGGACCAGAACAGGCUGGGAGGACCAGAACAGGCUGCGAGGACAAGAACAGGCUGCGAGGACCAGAACAGGCUGCGAGGACCAGAACAGGCUGCGAGGACCAGAACAGGCUUCGAGGACCAGAACAGGCUGCGAGGACCAGAACAGGCGUGCAAGGACCAGAACAGGCUGCGAGGACCAGAACAGGCGUGCGAGGACCAGAACAGGCUGCGAGGACCAGAACAGGCGUGCAAGGACCAGAACAGGCCGCGAGGACCAGAACAGGCUGCGAGGACCAGAACAGGCUGCAAGGACCAGAACAGGCUGGGAGGACCAGAACAGGCUGCGAGGACCAGAACAGGCUGCGAGGACCAGAACAGGCUGCGAGUCAGAACAGGCUGCGAGGACCAGAACAGGCGUGCGAGGACCAGAACAGGCUGCGAGGACCAGAACAGGCGUGCAAGGACCAGAACAGGCCGCGAGGACCAGAACAGGCUGCGAGGACCAGAACAGGCUGGGAGGACCAGAACAGGCUGGGAGGACCAGAACAGGCUGCGAGGACCAGAACAGGCUGCGAGGACCAGAACAGGCUGCGAGGACCAGAACAGGCUGCGAGGACCAGAACAGGCUGCGAGGACCAGAACAGGCUGCGAGGACCAGAACAGGCUGCGAGGACCAGAACAGGCUGCGAGGACCAGAACAGGCUGCGAGGACCAGAACACGCGUGCAAGGACCAGAACAGGCCACGAGGAGCAGGUGUGCGCCACUAA